AUGGCUUCAGCUUCUUCACCGACUUGGCAGGGAGACCCUACUGAAGAUCCUCAGAAUCCUCCCAGCAUGCUCCGGGGUGCAUUACCAGUCACCCCAACUCCGCCACCCAAUGCAUCACAUCACACCGUGGAUGACGAUGCAUGGGCUGCCCGCCUUCUAAGCUUGAAGGCCGCUGAUGUGCUCCACACAUAUGAUCAAGUCGUGAACCAUUUUGACAUGACAGACAUCGUGCAACAAAGAAUAAGGGUCAUAUUUGAGCAACCUUCUUCUGAGAUUCGCCACAUGGCAGUCCUUCAAUGCUUGACAGAGUUUGGCUUGCAGCAACGGAAAAGGAAUUUGGUGGAUUCGGGCUUGGCUCAUAUACCACUUUGUCCUCGUAAAGUUUACAGAGCAUCUAAUCAUUUUAUUCUGCUGCAGAUUCAGCUUUGGCGCCUCGCGAAAAAUGAUGAGUUUAUACAUUUCCAGAAGGUUUUGAAAUGGGCGCGCACGAGGCGAAUAGCUCUCAUGUCCAAAUCCAAAAAAGGAUUGGGCACCAAACCCUUUUUGGAGAAUGGUAGAUCAGCGGAUCCACCAAAUAGCCCUAUUGGUACCACAACAUCAUCUUCGGAAGCCAUAUCACCUCGUGAGAUGCCUUCAGUUCCACAUCUCGUGGAAUGCGGAACUGGAUUACAGGGCAUUGCUGACACUGAUACCAUGUUUCCGCUGAUUAAUUACAGCCAAGGCGAAUGCCCUGGUCAAACCAUAAAAGGAGAUAGUUGA